UCCACCCCCGCGCUAAUUCUGCUCCCGCCACCGGGAAAUUCCUCCGACGAAAUUUCCGGCCUUCAACCGAACGAACGAGGUUGUUUUUUUUCUUUUUUCCUGAGGGGGCAGUCCAUUUGAUGACACAAUGCCGGCCGAGCCCACCAUGUAUCCGGCGAGCUUCGGCCCCAGAUCGGCCGGGAAACGGUCGGCGCUGACGCCGCAGCAGGCGAUCCACGAACUUCGGCAGCGGACGGUCUCCUACCUCAACAAGCUCGCAGAUCGAGACACCUUCCGCCUCGCCUCGGCCGAGCUCGAAUCGCUCGCCCGGUCGCUCACUCCGGAACUCUUCUCCCCUUUUCUGUCAUGCCUUUCCGACACCGACUCGGAGCAGAAGGCGCCCGUCCGGCGGGAGUGUGCGCGUCUUCUCGGGACGAUGGCCGAGGCGCACGGAGACGCUCUCGCCGGAUUCGUGCCGAAAAUGGUCGCCGGCGUCCUCCGGCGGCUCAAGGACGCUGAUUCGAGCGUGCGUGCCUCCUGCGCCGAAGCCGUCCGGGCGGUGGCAGAGCGGGUGACUCGGGCGCCUGUGUCGGUGAUCCUGAAGCCCCUGAUCGACUCGCUCGGGGAGCAGAGCUACGGCCUGCAAGCAGGUUCGGCCUUGUGUCUCGUAUCGGCCAUAGAAGGAUCGCCCGAUCCCGACCCGGCCUACCUGCAGAGAAUGGUACCGAAGGUGGUGAAGCUGCUGGGGAGCCAGAGCUUCAAGGCGAAGCCUGCCCUCCUAGCGGUCGUGUCCGCGAUCAUCGGCUCCGGUGCGGCGGAGAGCCGGGCGGUGCUGGCGUUGCUUGUUCCGGCUGUGACGGAGUGUAUGAAGAGCAACGACUGGGCCACGAGGAAGGCGGCGGCUGAGGCGAUCUGGCGGCUUGCCAUCGUCGACAGUGAGGCGGCGUCCUGGUUCCGGUCACGGUGCGUCGAUUCCCUUGAAUCGUGCCGGUUCGAUAAGGUGAAGCACGUUAGAGAUUCAGUGAAUCAGGCUCUGGAUGCAUACAAGAACGUUCCAUAUGAAUCUGAGGAAAUUUCGCCAUCCAAAGGGGACAUGAUUGAAAGACGAUCGUCGCUUGAUGCUAAAAGUACUAAUAAAGCUGUGUCCAACUCAUCAUUUUUAAGAAAAAAGGAAUUAUCAAGGAGUCUAUCACCUCCAGAUGCUGCAUCCGCUACAGGAACUAAGAAGAAGAGUGCAACCAAUGGCAAGAAAUCAAGCCCUGGUUUCAGUAAAAUUGAUACAAGGGGUGUAUCUGAUUGGAAGAUAGAGAUAGCAGUACCACGAACUAUGCCUUUUAAAGUUGUCUGCGAGGAUGGUCUUGAAGCAAAUGAAAGUGGGGGUGAAACGAGGAUCUCUAGCAAGGAUGCAAUGUCUAGAGAUAGGAGCACUUUGAGCAGUGCACUCUCCAACAUUUUUGAUGGAAAUGGUGAAGAGAGAAAUCAGAAAUUUAGCGGGAGGUCUGCUUCCCGCAUAGUUCCUUUGCGUGAAAUUGAGAGCUCUAUCUCUACCGUUGUAGCAAGCAACGCUGUUGAAGCACUUGACAAGGAAAAUGCAGAAAAUGAUCUAUCUUUGAUCCGGAAGCAACUAUUGCAGAUUGAAAAUCAGCAAACCAGCUUGCUGGACCUUCUCCAGAUGUUCAUUGGGAGCUCACAAAAUGGCAUGCGUUCGUUGGAGUCUAGAGUACAUGGUCUUGAGGUGGCCCUGGAUGAAAUAUCACAUGACCUGGCUGUAUCAACUGGGAGAGUCCACAGCAUUGACAAUAUUGGAAACAGAUGUUGCAUUUUGCCUGGGACUGAGUUUUUGAGCUCAAAGUUUUGGAGAAAAGCAGAAGGAAGAUACACAUCGGGCAGAUUUUCUGUUUCUGGCCCAACAUCAUCAGGUGGCAUGUACAGCUCAGUGAAUAAGGAAAGCAUUGAAUCAUCCAAGUGGGAGAAUAGAAGAUUUAGAGGUGUCCAGGGUGGGCUUGUGGUCAAUCCCUUGGCAGAUGUUCAUCCUCCAGGCGCUGUGGAGGCACUUCAUGGGGAUAUCCAGAAGCAAGGAGUUUCAAUUACAGAUAGUGUUAAUGAAGGUUCUUCAAUCACAAGCGCGUCAUAAUCCAAAGUGGCCGAGAGGUUUUCUACAUAGACUGGUGAAAUGAAAUUAUGCAGCAGCAAUCUGAAUAGAAAGUCCAUGCCUGGCAUAUUGCAAGGAUAUGCUUGAGUAUGUUUUCCGUGGGGCAAAAAUUCGGUGACAUACCGGGUGAAUGGAUUAUUCUACCGUGUCACUUGUAGCAUUCUUUGGUUGUAGAAAACCAAGGCUGGAAGGUGUACAGUAAAGAGUAUUUUCUUCGCAAUCUCCCUGGGACAAUGGAAGAAAGGAGGGGAAGAGAUGUGGGCACUGUCAUGUCUGGAUUAUGUCUACAAAAAUCAACUUCAUUUUGGACCCUCCUAUUAUCGAAUUUUCAGAGAGUUGUUAUCGCACCACAAAACAAAAAAAGAAAUGCAGAGGGUGGUUGAGAAUGAAUUUAUGUCUUCUCUUUGGAAUAGAUUCUUUCUUCUCUCUAA